UAUACACUGUUCACUAGACUCAGGUCGUCUAGCAGAGGAUACCAAACGGCGCUAAGAUGGACCUCGUUGCCGUUCAAGAUGUCAAAGGCGCCCUCCGAAGGGACUUCUUCCACGGUUACGCCACGGCGGCGGCGCAGAUCGAAGGCGCCUGGAACAAAGAUGGCAAAGGCCAAUCAAUCUGGGACACUUUCAGCCACACCCCGGGAAAGGUCAAGGACGGAAGUACGGCCGACGACACGGUGCGAUCCUAUGAUCUGUACAAAGAGGACGUGGGUCUGAUGAAAUCGUACGGCGUCAAUGCCUAUCGAUUCUCCCUGUCUUGGUCGAGAAUCAUUCCCCUCGGUGGGAAAGACGACCCCAUCAACGAAAAGGGCAUCCAGUUCUACUCCGAUCUAAUUGACGAGCUUCUCAAACAUGACAUCACCCCGUUCGUCACGCUGUUUCAUUGGGAUACGCCGCAGGCCCUGGAGGACCGGUACGGUGGCAUGCUAGACCAGGAGAAAUUUAUUCCGGACUUUGUGAACUACGCACGGGUCUGUUUCGAGCACCUCGGAUCGAGAGUGAAGCACUGGAUCACCUUCAAUGAACCGGGCGUUUAUACCCUGGCAGGGUAUGCGGCCGGCGUGCAUGCGCCUGCUCGCUCGUCCUUCCGUGACCGCAACGCAGAGGGCGACUCGUCCACCGAGCCGUUUAUCGUCGCUCAUACGGAGCUCGUCACGCACGGCCACGUCUCGCGCCUCUACAAACAGGUGUUCCAGCCCGAGCAGAAGGGGACCAUCGGCAUCACGCUCCACGGGAACUGGUCCGAGCCGUGGGAUGCAGAAGACCCGCUCGAUCAAGAAGCGGCCGAGCGCGCUCGCGAGUUCGAGAUCGCUUGGUUCGCCGAUCCUCUCUACAAAACAGGCGAUUACCCAGCCUCCAUGCGCGCGCAGCUAGGGGACCGUCUUCCCAAGUUCACGGCGGAGGAGUCCCAGCUCGUGCUCGGCAGCUCCGAGUUCUACGGCAUGAACACCUACACAUCCUUCUUCGUGAAGCACAAAACCACUCCUGCAGACAUCAACGACCACAAGGGCAACGUCGAGAUCUUUGACGAGAACAAACAGGGCGUUCCGCGAGGCGAAGAGUCUGAUACCGAGUGGCUGCGCUCGUCGCCGUGGGGAUUCCGUAAGCUCCUCAAUUGGAUCUACUCGCGAUACCAGAUGCCAAUCUAUCUCACUGAGAACGGCACCACGGCGAAGGGGGAGACUGCGCCCACCCCGGAGGUGCUGAACGAUGAGUUUCGAAUCAGGUUCUUCGAGGGAUAUGUGGGCGAGCUGGCGCGCGCAGUCAAGAAUGAUGGCGUCGAUAUCCGAUCAUACUUUGCCUGGACAUUUACUGAUAAUUGGGAAUGGGCUGCUGGCUUCAGUGACCGGUUUGGAAGCACUUUUGUUGAUUUCGAUUCCCCUGAGAAGACACGGUAUCCGAAACAGUCAGCUUACUAUCUUGACAAGCUCUUCAAUCAUCUUAUUGCGAACACCUGAGAAUUCAGCGGAUUCUAGAAUGCUUGGGAUAGGGAUCAUUAGAUAAUUCGUUAGAAGCCUCCAUGCUUUUCUUCGCUACGUCGUUCUGGCGGAAUCCUGGACAGUAAUUGCUUGAAGAUUAAAUGUUUCGAACCUAAACUAGUGGUCGUCUCGAAGCAUUCUUAAGAGACUCAUCGCAAAAUCAAGUUAGGAUAGCUUCAUCCAUGAUCCAGUGAGGAUCAUAGGUUAGUUCAGAUAAUGAAGACAGGAAAUUUGGACAGCGGUUUUUGUUAAUGUUAGCAUAAAUUAAAAGUUAGGGGGAAGUUUUUAAACAAAA